CGUUGUCAAAAGAAAGCCAACGUUCAUUACAACUUCUAAAAAGAACGAAACAAGGCGAACCUGACCUAGAAAAAUAUCUGAGCGGGAAAAAAUGGAUCGUUGGAUUGGAAAAGUAGCUGUAGUUACCGGAGCCAGUUCCGGAAUUGGAGCUGCAAUCGCCAAGGAUUUGGCCUCGGCUGGAAUGAUUGUGAUUGGAUUGGCCCGGCGAGUUGAACGUGUCGAGGCUUUGAAAAAAGAUUUACCGAAGAAAGCUUCCGGCAAUCUGCACGCUAUGAAGUGUGAUGUUUCGGACGAACAAAAUAUUCUCAAAACGUUCAAAACGAUUAACGAAAAAUUCGGUGGUAUUGAUGUUUUGCUUAACAAUGCCGGAAUACUGAGGCAAACGGAUUUACUCGAGGCAGGAAACUCUCAGAUGCUGAAGGAAGUUUUGGACACCAACGUUAUGGGACUAGUGAUCUGCAGCCGUGAGGCGUUCCAAUCGAUGAAACAAAGAUCUGUCGAUGGGCACAUCAUUCACAUCAACAGCAUAACCGGUCAUCACGUGGUGAAUUUUCCUAAGCUGAGCAUGUAUCCUGCUUCGAAAUUUGCCGUUACGGCUAUCACCGAAACCAUGCGCAAUGAGCUGAGAACGGCGGAAACUAAAAUCAAAGUUACGAGUAUAAGUCCGGGAGCAGUCAAAACAGAAAUCAUCGAGGGACUUCCAUUGGAUUUUCAAAUGCUUGAACCUGAGGAUAUUUCGGCGGGCGUUCUAUAUGUACUUGGAACUCCGCCAAGGGUUCAAGUGCACGAACUUAUGAUCAAACCAGUAGGUGAACCGUACUAGAUUUUAAGUGAAUUGUUUGAGUGACACCGUUGAAAUUUGAACAUCUUUUUUCAUGUAAAUUAAAACAAACAAUUAUAGUACAUGUAUAGUGAUGCUAUUCGGAUUAAAAUGAUCAGGU